AUGGGUGGUGACAAAGCUCUUAGCCUUGAAGAGAUCAAGAAUGAGACUGUUGAUUUGUUUUUGCUUUUAAUAAUGGAGGAAGAUGAAAACGUGGAGAGUGGAGUUUUCCUUUUUUGUCUGCUACCCUUACAAUACCUCGAAGAUUUCAAAGUUGCCCCUAAAAGUCUAGCCUUUAUUUUUUUAAUAUAUUGGCGCGUGGGCCCCACCGUAAGUGGCGCCACUGAUAUUGGGGAAAAAGUCCCAAUCGAGGAAGUUUUCGAGCAGUUGAAAUGCACGAGAGAGGGUCUGAGCUCCGACGAGGGGACCAACCGGCUUCAGAUUUUCGGUCCCAACAAGUUGGAAGAGAAAAAGGAAAGCAAGCUUCUCAAGUUUCUCGGGUUUAUGUGGAAUCCACUCUCGUGGGUCAUGGAGGCUGCCGCUUUAAUGGCCAUUGUUCUGGCUAACGGUGGCGGAAAGCCUCCCGACUGGCAGGAUUUCGUGGGUAUCGUUUGCUUGCUCGUGAUCAACUCGACUAUCAGUUUCAUAGAGGAAAACAAUGCUGGAAAUGCAGCUGCAGCCCUCAUGGCUGGCCUUGCUCCCAAAACAAAGGCGAGAGCUGGUAUCAGGGAGGUUCACUUCUUCCCUUUCAACCCUGUGGAUAAGAGGACAGCUUUGACUUACAUCGACUCGAAUGGGAACUGGCAUAGAGCUAGCAAGGGAGCUCCCGAGCAGAUUUUGACGCUCUGCAACUGCAAGGACGAUUUGAAGAAGAAGGUGCACAGUGUGAUCGACAAGUUUGCCGAGCGUGGGCUCAGGUCGCUGGCAGUUGCUUAUCAGGAAGUGCCGGAGAAAUCGAAGGAUUCCCCAGGUGCCCCGUGGAAAUUUGUCGGGCUCUUGUCGCUCUUCGAUCCUCCCAGGCAUGACAGUGCCGAAACUAUCCGUAGGGCUCUGAAUCUUGGUGUUAAUGUGAAAAUGAUUACUGGUGAUCAACUCGCCAUUGGCAAGGAAACCGGGCGUAGGUUGGGUAUGGGAGUUAACAUGUACCCAUCCUCAUCUCUUCUCGGUCAACACAAGGAUGAGUCAAUAGCCAGCCUUCCAGUUGAGGAAUUAAUCGAGAAGGCCGAUGGUUUUGCCGGGGUCUUUCCAGAGCACAAGUACGAGAUUGUGAAGAAGCUUCAGGAAAGGAAGCACAUUGUUGGAAUGACUGGAGACGGUGUGAAUGAUGCCCCGGCUUUAAAAAAGGCCGAUAUUGGAAUUGCUGUGGCUGAUGCUACAGAUGCUGCAAGAGGAGCUUCGGAUAUUGUGCUGACUGAGCCGGGUCUUAGCGUCAUCAUUAGUGCUGUGUUGACCAGCCGAGCCAUUUUCCAGAGGAUGAAGAAUUACACGAUUUAUGCGGUUUCCAUCACCAUCCGUAUCGUGUUUGGUUUCAUGUUCAUUGCUUUGAUAUGGAAGUUUGAUUUCUCGCCUUUCAUGGUUUUGAUCAUUGCCAUUUUGAACGACGGUACAAUUAUGACCAUCUCGAAGGAUAGAGUUAAACCAUCACCAUUACCCGACAGCUGGAAACUGAAAGAGAUUUUCGCCACAGGCAUCGUUCUUGGAGGCUAUCUUGCCUUGAUGACCGUCAUAUUCUUCUGGCUCAUGCAUAAAACCGACUUUUUCCAUGACACAUUUGGUGUUAAAAACAUUCGAAACAGUGAGGAUGAGAUGAUGGCCGCUUUAUACUUGCAAGUGAGUAUCGUUAGCCAGGCCCUCAUAUUUGUGACCAGGUCACGAAGCUGGUCUUUUCUUGAGCGCCCGGGACUUCUACUCAUGACUGCUUUCCUCAUUGCACAACUGGUUGCUACUCUUAUAGCUGUGUAUGCCAACUGGGGUUUCGCGAGAAUUAAAGGCUGUGGCUGGGGAUGGGCAGGAGUUAUCUGGAUUUACAGUGUCGUAUUUUACCUUCCACUCGAUUUAAUGAAGUUCGCCAUUCGUUACAUCUUGAGUGGAAAGGCGUGGCAGAACUUAUAUGACAACAAGACUGCUUUCACCACCAAGAAAGAUUACGGGAAAGAGGAGAGAGAAGCCCAAUGGGCUCACGCUCAACGAACUUUGCAUGGCCUGCAAACACCGCAAGAUACUAAUCUCUUCAACGAGAAGAGUAGUUACCGUGAGUUGUCUGAAAUCGCAGAACAGGCCAAGAGGAGGGCUGAGAUUGCAAGGCUUCGUGAGCUUCAUACACUCAAAGGACAUGUAGAAUCAGUUGUGAAGCUCAAGGGGCUCGACAUCGAGACAAUCCAGCAGCACUACACAGUUUGAAGAAGCAAAAAUCAAAAUCCUUUUGGUCACUGUGAAGUGAGAAAAAAAUGAUUUAGAGAGAGCAUAAAGAGUGCCUUUUAAACAAUAUACUGAUGAUCCUAACAGAAUGAAAGGCAGUAAUGUGGGUAUAAUUUCCCUGAAUCUGUUUAUUUUGUUCUUUUCUCUUGUUUCCUAAUGCAUAUGAAAAGCAGCAGCAUCCCCUUUGGAAAGGGACCUUGUCUAAUCUUUGGCUAUGUUAUAUGAGUACAAUGGCAUUUACUUUGUGACACCAGUCCUUUUUUGGGGCUUCAAAAUCUUUUAUUUUUCCAUGGUUUUUAGUUAUGUGCUUUUAUGUCUUCUUUUAAUGCUCUAUUCUUGAUGUGAGUAGCAUUAGUAGCCAUCGGUGCGGACUGAUGAAAAAACAGACACAAUAAACGAGCUCAAGUCGUUGUAACAAUCGAUGAGAUCUCGGUUAAAAAUUGCGAAUAACAAAUCCUAUUUUCAUCAGUUAAACAAUUGCCAAAAGUUGGAUAGCAGAUAUUCAUAUUACAUCCCAAUCCCUCAAAUCUCCUCAACAGAAUACCACACACAUAUGCCAGACAAAGUUCUCUUACAAAAAACCCAAUAUUUUUGUAUUGUUGUAUACAAAUCACAAAAUAACUAACUUUUAGUCACAAUUAUCCUUACACUUACAGAUCUCUGACCCCAAAAGGCCCAAAUUAAUAUAUAUUUUUUUUUUCUCAAAUCAUGAAGUGCUCGAACGAUGUUUCUUUCAGAAUUCAUCAUCCUCUUCAUCAUCUCUCGAACCAAGAAAUUUCCGAACAACAGCUGAAACUGCACCAAGAACUAUGAACAGAAGAAAGAAGUCGAAUCCACCCCCAACCCCAACAGCAACUGCAGGUCCCGGUGCAAAAAACGAGAACGGGGACCAGCCAUAACCAUAUCCAUACCCACCGAAUAGAGGAGGAGCAAUUGGCGGGUUAAUAUACACAUUGGUCCUACAAGUGUUAAUUCUAGGACCAGACGAGCGAGGCGCGGAUGACCGGAAAGACUGGCCGCCAACUCUUCCGCCACUCUUGGCGGCGGCAGCUGGAUCAACGGAGCCCAGUGCCAACACCCCAGCUGCCACCGCAACUAAAGCCACCUUCGCUAGACUAAAUUAAUGCUACCUUGAUGAUGAAUCACCAUCGACUUCAUCUGGGCUGUGGCUGCAAGAUAUGAAAUGGGGUUUUACAGGAACUGGAAAGGCUCUUGUUCGGGGUUUGAGAGUGGAGGUAAUUGGGUUUGAGAGAAAGCUACUCUCAAACAAAGCAACUGUCAUUUUUCCUUUUCUUCCUUAGUUUGGAAUUUCUUGAAUUGGGCAAAUUUUCAAGUCUUUGGUUUGAUAAUGGUGGCCUUCAGCUCUAUAAGGUGUAAACAGAGGUGUUGAUAUUUUGAGGUUCUUGGAUUGGAUGAUGCUGAUCUAAAUGAUGGUGGAGGAGGAUGACACGUG